CCAGGGGAACUUGAAGGCGACAGUCGUCAUCAGAGAGUUUUGGCGCGUGCAGCUUUCCAGAGUGCUGAACUAAACAAGACUGGACUGAAGUUCGUUAUUUGAAACAGUUGCUUCAUCUUUUGCCAACAAAACAAGUACUAUUUGGAGGAGCUGCUUUUUUGGAUAAGCACAAUGAGAAGACAAGAAAACCUGCAAGCCAGACCAACAUCAGGCUGCCUGUCUGUGCCACUCUUCAACAGAAGAAAAGAAACAGAUCCUUUGACAUCUGCCCCCUCUGAGAAUGAAUUCUUCUCUCACAGUGAAUACACAGCAAAAACCAGCUCAGCUACACCCAACAACCAAACAGGUUCCUAUGGGGGCUACCAGGCCUCAGGUCAGUCCUCUUGUACUCCACAAAGGCUCCAGUGGAACAGACAGGAUCUCUCACAAUCUAGUCCACCCCAGCAGUAUGGGAGUAACAGACCUGCUCCUGGACCUGCACCUGUAAUGAAAAGCUAUGCACCUAUUCCACACCCAUACAAAGGCGGGGGCACAAGCUCAAAGCAGGGACAACCCAGCAUCCCUGCUAGACAGCAGCCUUCCAACCCCAGUGUUAACCCAAGAAGCAGCCAAUUUCAAGCCCCCCACACCAGUCACAGUGCGCCAAGCAAGCCAUCACCUCAAACUGGGUUUUCACCAAGCGGUGAGCAGUCCUCUUACAGGCCACCCAAUCCUACAGUUCAAUAUUUCCAGCAAUCCAGACCUCCACCUGCUCCUGUCCCACCACCGAGGAGACCCUCUGCUUGUGAAGUGCAGCCUCAAAGAAACUCCUGGAAGUUCACUAACAGCUUCGGCCCACAGAGCUCCUGCUUUGAGGGAAACAGGAGCACAAAUCGACAUCAGUCUGCACAACAAACUCAAAUCCAGGAAGCAUUCCCAGUGAAGCCAGCUGUUGAGAACUCACUGAGGAUCCUGACUGCAGUGAUCGACGGGAUGAGACAUUGGAGCCAGUUUAAAGACAAAGUCCUGUACUUCUUUGAGAUAUUUGCUACUCUGGACUCUGCGGUCACUCUGGGUCGCCAUGGAGCCAAGAACUUUGUCAUGAGAGACGGAAAGCAAGUUGUGCAGUGUGUCUUCUAUGAAAAUGAGCAGGAGCUCCCCCGUCUCAUCCGAGGUCAAAUGCACCGGUGUGUGGGAAACUAUGACCGCAGCAGAGAUGUCUUGGUGUGUGUGUCCAUCAGACCCGGCCUCCCUUCCGAGCUGAGGAACGCUCAGGAGGCUGUGAAGGUCUGUGAUGCAGAAAUGAGGGUGCUUGUCAAUCUCUAAGUGAAGUCUGAGUAUGAGCAGGUAUCUAAUAAGUACACAGGUAUUUAAUGAAAGUACAUGAGGGUCAAAUUAUAAAGAUGACUUACAUAGUUAUAAGAUAACUCUUGUUAUGGGAGAAGACCUGAGGAGUUUUAAAAUGUUAGUUUUAAGUUAUUAUUAAACUUUUGACCACUAUUUAUUUGCUGUGUACAAAGAAAAUCUGCAAGUUCUGUUAAGUUCACUUACAUGUUCUGACAUUUGUAUAUCUGCACUUUUCUGAAACAAAUGCAUAAACAGAUGUCUUUAAUUCAAA